AUCUCUGUUUCCUACUGAGUCAACUGUUCGAUUUGUGAUUUGUAACUUCUGCUUAAUUUCCUAUAGCUUUAAAUUAUAAUCAUUAAGUGUCAGUUUCGGCGUAGGCCUGUAGCCUGCACAUUUUAAAGCAGAUGACUUGUGGCUGUUUUAAAUACAAUGCUUAAGUAGGGACUAAUCUCUGCCUCAACAGUGUUUAUUGUAAUCAUGAUCGCUACCUCUGCCAUAAUUAUUGUAUUUAUGGUUUGGGCCUCAUUUCCAACAUCAGAAUCUUCAAGUCCUCUUCGCAUACCGCUUGGGAGAAAAUUGUUGAUACCCUGCAUAAGUAAUGAAAGUCAUCCAGAAUCUUUUAGCUGGUUUUACAGUACAAACAAUGUUGGUUGGCGCCGCACCCAGAUUUUUCAUGAGGAUAAAAGUGGCCUACAUCUCCUUUCCAAAAUUUUUUGGCAUAGAAAGAGUGUUUUAAGGAAUCGUUCACUUGUAAUCAGCCCUUUUACAGAGGAGGAUCAAGGAAUAUACUUAUGUGGAUUGUAUAAAAAUGACAAGAUCACAUAUGGAUUGUCCACUUCAGUUGUUCUUGAAAAAGGAUCUCACAUGCAAAUAAUAACCACUGUGUCAAGCAGUGGUUUUAUGCAUGAAGUAACUAAGAAUGUGAUUACCAGCACAUAUUACGCACUUGACUCCGCUCUGAACAACACCUCCAACAAAAGCAUAGACAAUGGGCCUACUCCUCCAGAUAACCGAGAACCUCAAUGGCUGGCAUCAACAGUAGCUGGAGUCUCUGCAGCUGUGUGCCUUUUCCUUGUUGCACUGGCACUGUCUAAAUUAUGCCAUUUCAAAUGGAGAAUACUCGCAGGUAGGAUAAAUAUACCGUAUUGUUAUCUUUGAAGAUGGGGAGAUCACAAGAUUAAUACAAUUGUUUGGAGAUGGUAAUGCAGUUUGAGGCCCUAUCUGUUUUAAUGGAAAUGUUUGUCUGUUUGUUCAAAUGAUUAAGCUUCUGCCAAUCAACUUCUCUGUGGUGGCGAGGGGACCAGCUUUGCGGAAGAAACUACACUUGUUUAUUCAUCCUUGGUUAUCAGGAGAGUCCAACAGAGAGAUGACAUCAGAAAUGACAAUGACUGUGUGUACAGUCAUAUCAGGGUCUAGGAACUAAGAAUGACACUACUUUGAUGAGAGGCGUAAUAAAUAGUUUAAAUCAAGUGUUUCCAUUGUGCUCAGGCACACAAAAUGCCAAAAAGGCAUACUGAUUUUUAUGCUUUGAAUUGGUUUGUUUUAUAUUCUAUGUCAAAAAGUAAUAUAAUCACAUUUUGGCAUGACCUUUUGUUUGUAUUAAAUUGGUAUUGCACUGUGUCACGCACUUCUGUACUUUUAACCUUUAAACCAAUAUUUAAAAAAAUAAAAGGAAGAAAGCCUGCUUUAUAUAUCAAAAAGCAUAACGCCUGUGUAUUCAGAUGUCUAUACAUUUUAUUUGUGACAUACUUGUAAACAAGUUGCUGAAAUGUAACAUUUUGAACUCAUCGAUCCGCUGAGUUGCUUUCAGAACGUUUUCAGAUGCUUUCGGAACGUUUUCGUUCUUGAAUGCCCCUUGCUGCAUAUCGUUGCACAAUGCGCAAACGCGGAUCUGGGUGAGAAGUAUGAUAGCGAGCUAGCUAUUCCUCCCCCAUCACAGGGGCUCAACUCUAGCCAAUCUGUCACUGUGAACGUUGAAAACGUUUAUUUGUACCUGCCUAGCAAACUAGUUAGCUUGUUUCAAUGUAACUAUGAGCUAAAGUUAGCUAGGUUACAAGUUAGCUUGAAUUGCUGCAGUGGCAGUUUGCGAAGGAAGAAGCAGGUACUCGGCAAUCCAAGCUGCCAAACAUAAGGUGAGUUAAGUGCAUUUUGCCUUAUUUCUCAGUGACUUUUUCUUAUCGGUGACUUGUUUCAUUUUUUCUGUAGCUUAUUUGGCUAGCUAGCUAACUGGCUAGCUAACUAUUUGUUUGAAUGAAAUGAGAUACUGUCUGUCUAAACUAGCUCUAACUAGCCUGAUAGCUUAGCGAGUCGGGAAAUAUGGCUAGGUUGGAGAUGCAAUCAUUAAGAAAUUAUGUUUAUAGUCAUAACGUUAGUCUAUAUAAUACGAAUUGAUUGAGGUGUUUUAAUUUUUCCCCUUGCUCUAGUUACCUGUCUGACACUGACGAGUGAUGGAGGCCCCACCAGUCUCAGUGCUGCCCAUCACGGGGGGCACAAUUAACAUGAUGGAGUACCUGCUGCAAGGCAGCGUCUUGGACCAGGCCCUCGAAAGCCUAUUGCACCGCCUCCGGGGCCUUUGUGACAACAUGGAACCCGAGACAUUUGCCGACCAUGAGCUGGUCUACCUCCUGAAGGGCCAGCAGGGCAACCCGUUCCUGUUGCGAGCCCGCCGCUCCCUCUCCCACCCCACAGUGCCCUGGCACCUGCGCUACCUGGGCCAGCCGGAAGUGGGUGAUAAGUCCCGCCACGCGCUGGUUCGGAACUGUGUGGAUGUGGCCGCCUCGCACAGCCUGCCCGACUUCCUCAAUGAAAUGGGCUUCCGCAUGGACCACGAGUUCAUAGCCAAGGGCCACAUUUUCCGCAAAGGUGUGCUCAAAGUGGUAGUGAGUAAACUGUCUCGCAUCCUGGUCCCCGGGAAUACAGAGAACACUGAGCCGCUGUCACUCUCCUACCUGGUGGAGCUCAGUGUAUUGGCCCCUGCGGGCCAGGAUACCAUGUCAGAGGACAUGCGCAGCUUCGCUGAGCAGCUCAAGCCCCUGGUUCACCUGGAGAAGAUUGACCCCAAAAGACACAUGUAAGAAGGAGUGUUUUAUGAUGAGCCUCUUUUGGCUGUCAUGGACAAAGUGUAGUUUUUAUGAAAACAUUUUUUUUUUUUACAUGGGACUUAUUUUUGUAUGAUUCCUAUGAGAAAGCGCUUUCCCACAGUCUCUGUAAAUGAACUCUAGAUCUCACAAUCUUGAUGCGUGUCUCGUACAUUUGGAGAAGGACGUGUAAGUGCUUUGUUCUAACUUUGAGAUGUUUUAAGAAAUGCACAGCGCUAUAGUGUUUAUAAAAAAAUAUUUGUCUCAA